CAAAAUGGCGGCGUACACAUACUUAGUGGAUCUAUGAAAUAAACAUCGAUAUUUCCCUAUGCGACUCCCACAGUAUGCUGAUUUAUCGUCUUUAAUGUGACUACAACACUUUUACACACUGUAGCGAUGGAUCACGCAAGCGUUGAAAGCUUGACUGGGUCUCUUGUACGAGAAUACCUAAGCCGCAAAGGGCUGAAGAAUACACUAGACACGAUGGACAAAGAAUUCCCCCGAACAAGAGACAGUAUAAGCAACAGAGUACAGCUAGCCAAAGAAUUGAAUAUUGAAAAGUUACUAAAAAGAAAUAAGGAACAAGAAAUGCCUCUGCGUACAAUGCUUGAAGUUAUAGCAAAACAUCUGUUAGAUAAAAGGGUUAAUAAAAGCAGCAGUGCAUCUAAUUUAUCUGAGAGUACAGUGAAAGAACAACGUCCGUCAUCAAGUAAAGGCAACAGAUCCGCAUCUGGAAAGUCACCAAAAACAGGCACUUGGGAUCUGGAUGGUGAUAUGGAAGUCAUGGAUCUUGGAGGACUUCCACAAUCUAAUUUAGGACCCACAGGAAGAACAGCUUCAAUAAAAAAAUCAUCGUCAUCAUCACGCUAUGUAUCCAAACCUGACCCAGAACCAGUCACUGAUAGAACAGACUUUCACAGGCCGUCAGACUUGAUAGAAGACAUAGAAACUGAUUAUAACAACUACAAACCAAAAAAUAUAAUUCGGGAUCCUCCGAAAAUGGAAUAUACAGCUAAGGAAGAAACAUUGCCAGCCAGCAAAACCAAUGCUAGACCUACAACUGCCAGUAACAGACAUCGUGGCAUGUCUGGACCUAUAUCCAGUAGUCGUGAUGAUGUCGGAAGAAGAAGAGGUCCGAAGAAAACCAGCAAUAUAACACCUGGACUUGGCUCAAUGUUGGAGUUUUACCCACUGGAUACUGCCAGUGACAAGAUUGUGGACGAGGACAAGCCUGAAAUGAACAUUCUGGAAACACCAGCAGCUUAUAACAAAGUUGAUCGAAACAAAGACAAUGCUAUUAGCAAACUUGUCAAUGAUAAUCAAGUAGUCAAUAAUAAAUUGGAACAAAAGUCUGUAGUAGAGGAAAAAAAGCGUCCCAAGUCAUCCAGCUCACAGAAACCCAAGGCAGUACAUGGUGACAUGGAGUUAGGUGAUGUUGAUGAUUUGGAAACUGAUCUUGGUGAUUUGACUCUAGGGCCAGUACCUAGUGCACAGUUAAGAAACAUUGUGGAUGCUAAACCUAUUACUUUACAGCAAGCCAUGGAACUUAAAAACUUAAUGUUCGGAUCUCCUUCAGUGUCGUUCAGUCCCGAGUGGCGAAACCAGGGAUUUGGAUUUAGCAAUAAACCACGGUUAGAGUAUGGAAUGGUACAGCAUAAGGGUGGACCCUGUGGUGUCCUUGCAUCUGUCCAAGCCUGUAUGUUACAGCAUUUACUAUUUGGCAAAGAUAAAGUGCCCUCCACUGCUAGCUUAGAACCCACCAAUCAUGAGAGAUCGACUUGUUUGGCGCAUGCUAUAACAGACAUUUUAUGGAGAGCAGGAGAGAAGAAACAGGCCAUACUUGCGCUUCCUUCAGGCAGAUCUAUAUUCUCAGGGGGAGGAAGAUACAAACCAGACCAUCUAACAGAAACACUUGUACUAAAUUCUUUCACUAAGUAUGAUGAGUUAUCAGAUUUUGUGAGAGCAAAUGUCGGUGUAUUUGAAGGUGACCAGUGUGGUGGUGUGAUAUUAUUACUAUAUUCUGCACUGCUAUCAAGAACAAUUGAUAAUGUCAUAGGAGACAUGGAUGAGCCAACCAAUAAACUAAUGGGAAUGCAUGGCUAUUGUACACAGGAAAUGGUGAAUUUAAUACUGACAGGGAAAGCUGUGUCUAAUGUCUUCAAUGAUGUUAUGGAAAUAGGCUCUGGUGAAGGAACAGAGAAGAUGAUAUUAAAAGGGAUCAAAUCUAGGAGUGAUAUCGGUUUAUUAUCAUUAUUUGAACAUUAUGGAUCAUGCGAGGUUGGUGUUAAUUUCAAAACACCUCGUUACCCAAUAUGGGUGGUUUGUAGCGAGAGUCAUUUCAGUGUAUUAUUCUGUCUCAAGAAAGAACUGAUCAGUGAUUGGAGAAUGGAGAGAAGAUUUGACUUGUAUUAUUACGAUGGUCUUUCGAGACAAGAAGAAGAAAUCAGAUUGACUGUUGAUACCACAGUGAGUUAUACACCCCCCUAUGAUGAAGAACUAGUCCCUCCAUUGGAUCACUGUAUCAGAACCAAAUGGAAGGAUUCAGUCAUUGAUUGGAACGGAAUAGAGCCAAUUCUAUGAAACUUAUCAGCUCUUAAUAUGUAUGUUUGGUUUAUAAUAAUUUGUCAAAUAUUUCCAAAGAUAAUAAAUUGUUACAGGGUCUUUUUUUUAUUUAUGUACAUACCCAUGUAAUCUAAUUUUGUGAUAAUAUAUUCUUUGUGUUUCAAUACUAG